AUAUCCCAGAUGAAACGGAUGAAGUGAUUCCAACAAAAACAUUGUCUGAUGUCAAAAGCCCAAAUUGUACAAUGUUUAGAAUAUAGAUGUUGAGUGGUUUGUUGUGAAACUUUACCAUCAAGUAGUGAUUUUUUACAUAAAAUCUAAUACUAUACAGUGAAAAAUGUGACAUUUGCCGCUAAGAGGAUAGUUUUCCAAACCAAUUCACAAAGGUUAUCUCGAAUAAAAACAAACACAGUGUAGUCAUGAAGAUGGGAUUGAUCGCAUCAUCAUUGAGACGCCGAACCUUUUUAUUCUUUAUGUUCGUAUUGGUGCCAUGUACAGUAUUAUUUUUGCUUAUAGGAACAGAUUUUACGGCAGAACAAACCAUGUCCCAAAGAGUAGCUGAAUUUCAAAUGCGCAUGCAAUACCUCGAGUCGAUGUAUCGUGCCAAGCAAGAAGAUGUAGCAAUUCUGUCUCAAUAUUUGGGAUUCGCGACCCAAAAUGGAGAUUCGCUCAACGUUUCCAUGAAUUUAAAUCUGCUGGAUGGAUUGAGUGCUGAUUCCCGGUCAAUGAUUCGCAACGUUUCAGCGUCAACUAAGUUGCCUGCAAGUUUGAAGUUACCGACAGCGUUUCAUUUUUUACCCCACUUGCUAGAUGAUUCUGCAUCUCUUAAACCUGCAUUCCACCAAACGAAGAAUCGCCAAGGCGUUUCCGUUGUGCUCGGAAUACCAACAGUGAAACGCGACAAACAAUCUUACCUGGUGGAAACAGUUGACAAUCUGAUCGCUAAUAUGGACGACGACGAACAAAAUGAAACUAUGAUUGUGAUAUUUAUUGGAGAGUCGGAUUUAGAUUAUGUGACACAAGUUGCAAACAGUAUCAACUUGAGGUUUCCAACUUUCAUCGAAAGCGGAUUCAUUGAGAUAAUAUCUCCAGCUGCUAGUUAUUAUCCCGAUAUGUCAAAAUUGAGGCAAACAUUGAACGAUUCGCUCGAGAGAGUAAAAUGGAGAUCCAAACAAAAUUUAGAUUUUGCCUAUCUUAUGGCGUACACACAACCAAAAGGCGCCUUUUAUGUGCAGCUGGAGGACGAUAUUCUUACCAAGAAAGGUUUUAUCAGUAUUAUGAAAAACUUUGCCUUAAAGAAAACUGCUAAAAAAGAACAAAGUCAGUGGUUUGUACUGGACUUUUGCCAGCUAGGAUUCAUUGGUAAAAUGUUCAAAUCCGCUGACCUCCCAUGGCUGAUAACAUUUUUUCAAAUGUUUUUCAAUGAUAAACCUGUUGAUUGGUUAUUGUACCAUCUCAUAUACACAAAAAUAUGCAGUGUAGAAAAAGAUGCGAAAACUUGCAAGCAAGAAAUGUCAAAACUUUGGAUUCAUUACAAGCCAUCCUUGUUCCAACAUAUCGGAACGACUUCAUCCUUGAAAGGUAAAGUGCAAAAGCUGAAGGAUAAACAAUUUGGAAAAAUUCCCACAUUCUAUCCCCAUAAUAAUCCACCCGCGUUAGUGAAAACUGGAAUUCAGCAUUACAGGACCUAUACUAUUCAGAAAGCAUAUACAGGGGAAAGCUUCUUUUGGGGUCUAAUGCCACAACCAGGAGAUUUGAUUGAGUUCAAAUUUAAACAACCAGUUACUCUUAAGAGAUAUUUGUUCCGAAGUGGUAACUUUGAACAGCCGUCAGACCGCUUCUAUAAUACGACAAUCGAAGUACUACCAUUCAACCUGCCCGAAGAUUCACCAUUGUGGAGCAGUUACAACACAACCAGUGAUGGAUUUUUAGUUUUAGGCACGUUCAACGAUUUUGGAAUUGCAGACGGUGUUGUUGAUGCAAAAAUAGGAGACCUUAAGGAACUUCGAUUGCACGUUUACAGUGAUAGCCAGAACUGGGUCAUUUUACGUGAGAUAUUAUUGCAGGAUAAUACAGUUCGGUGACGAAAGCGUUAUCGUAUCAUAGUUCAUCCAAAGAGUCCUAUUUCACAAAGAAAGUCGAUAAACAAGUGAAUCUCAAAACUAUUGAACGUAAAAUAUCAACGCAGUACUCACAGAAAAGCAAGAUCUUUAGAAUUAACUAAACUAUUAUGAAACGAGUUUUUCAUUGUUUUUGUACCAUUUACAUGACAGGUAUUACUGCUUUAACGUUACCAUGAUUAUUGUUUAGUAAAUGUUUAAGGAAGGAGGGAUUCAAACGUAAAAAUAAGAUAAGCCGUGUCUAUGCAAAAAAGUUAAGAUCGAAGAAUAUAUGGUGUAUACAAAAUAUCAAAAAAUA